GGUUGCGUCUUGAAGCCAACAAUGAGCCUCAACAAUUGUCUGCCUUCUGCUACUGUUGAGUCCCUUCUCGACAGAGGCCUACCUGAGAAAAACAUGCGCGAGGAGAGGGGCCAAUCAGCACCUGAUCAAAUUCAGGUACAGGAUCAAGAAGAGGGAAUGUACGGCAAGAUGAACAAAGCCGAUUUGGGGUACAUCGACGACGCUCCUAUUUUGUUGUCAGCUCCAAGGUCAAAGGUCAAGGUUACGCUCAAGGACAACGAGAAGAUUGUGGAGCACGCCACCGUCUGUGUGGCUGAUCGCAAUUCGCCUGCGGCGGGAGUGCUCAAGUGCAGAGGUGGAAUGUGGACGAAAAUGGAUGUCCCUGAAACCCCUCGGAAUGUCGGAAGAGCUUUGAUUCUUAGGCGGUUCAAACGAGUUGGAAUAGCGCAACUUCUACUGAUGCGAACAGAAUCUCAAGGACUGCAGGUCCUAAUCCGGGUUCCUGGCUGAAAGAAGGCAGAUACUGGGUCACUUACGUAGCGCAGAAUUCGGAUGGCUUGACAAGCAGCUGUUCCGCUACCUUCGAAGUUAUUGACGUGGAGGCCCCGACGUUCACAUGCCCAGGGAAUCUCAACGUUUCCUCGGAGCCCAAACGAUCGCCAAAAGCAGUUUCCUGGUUAAUGCCGGCAGCCACAGACAAUUCUGGGGAGAACAUCGUCGUCACAAGUGACCCUCUAUCUGGUGACCUAUUUCCAGUUGGGGUCUCUGAGGUGACUUUUGAAGGAUCAGACAGCAGCGGGAACUCGUACAGCUGCAAAAUGUUCGUCGAAGUCAAAGGAGGCAGCUGUGGACCGACCUCCGCUGUUUCCCACGGCAGUUUCAAUUGUAGUGGGCACGAUUUCGAGGAUGUGUGCUUCCUGAAAUGCGACUCAGGCUACAAAGCAACCGGCCCACUCACAUCAACGUGUGAGGCGUCCCUUCAGUGGUCAUUACCAGGGAGCUGUACAGACGUAGAGCCGCCUGUCUUCCUGUCUGGCUGCUCCAGCAUUGUGGAGUACGCGGCGAGCCUGGGCCUAGACACCCAGGUACUGUACGACCUGCCCCAAGUGGCAGACAACUCGGGGGAUCCUGUCUCCGUCUCAAGCAGUCGUCCAUCAGGCUCCACGUUUGACAUCGGAUUCACCAAUGUGACAGUGGAGGCCAUAGACACUUCUGGAAACAGUGCAAGCUGCAUGUUCACCAUCAACGUUUUCCAGAUUCAGUGUCCUGCCCCCGAAAACACAGACUUGGACGACUCUGCUGACCGACGCAUGCAGUUUUCUUGUCCGGAUGGUCACGUGUAUGGCGCGAAAUGUGACGUCAGCUGCUCCGACGGUAAUCCAGUCCAGGGAGUGGACGAGAUCACGUGUGAGCAACAAAACAGGACGGACGUUGGUUACUGGUGGUACGGCAACAUCAAGCCAUACUGUGACGAUUCAGCAUGUCCCGCAAUAGAUCCCCCGCAAUAUGGAGCUCUCGUGUGUGACGUCAUCGCCAACAAAGAAGUGUGCACUCUGCAAUGUCGCGAGGGCUACGCUUAUCCUGUAUACAGUGGUCAGGACGGCUUCUUUAUCUGUCUGAAAAGUGAAUGGCAGCCCGUGAGCAAAAUUAAUACUGAUGUCUGCAUAGCGGGUCGUGUUCCAACAUCGGUUCAACUUCAGCCCGAUAUUUGGUACUAUUCGGGAGCCUGCUCUCAAAACAACACGUCAAUCAAAGAGAACUUUAUUUCUAUCAUCAACGACACGUCCAUUCUAGACGAUUACUGCACAUCUCAGAACAUCACCUGUGUCCUCGACAAUGUGUCGAUCACAUGUGGGCCAAACAGCGGGAAAAGGGAAGCUGAUGAGAGGCAUGCACUGACUAUUGACCACGUUAGUAGAACCAAGAGGUCAUCCGGUACAUCAUUUUCAGAAGAGGAGGAGCACCGUGAGAAGCGUUCUACGACUCACAUAACGAAGGCUGCCUUCACCAUCAAGUUAACCAGCGCAGACCCGGAUGGAAAGUUAACAAGGUCGGCUGUAGAGGACCUGACUGCUGAAAUCAACAACCGGUACGGCGCUGGCACAGCGGCUGGGAAAUACGACAUGCCAAACGUUGGCACAACGGAUAACUUCUCUUAUGGCUGGGCAACUGCCACAUUCUCGUGCCCCGCCCCAACGAACUUUCAACCGAGAUCGGACUACUUGAUUUGUGACUUUGAACUACCCCUGGCUUCAACCACAGAAGGACCGUCCUUGCCAGAUAUGUCCACCUCGCUCACAGAUAUGACUGUUGUGACGUUUGUGAAAGUUCCGUCUGACCUAUCGGACACUGUCACGACUUUUUCCUUAAGUCAACCAUCUUCAUCCUCUACACCAUUGGUUGCAACAGCAGCGUCCAUAUCUUCUUUUGGGUGCGAAGCUGUCACUGUCUAUAUGGAAACGGAGCAACAGCAGGAUUUGAGAAGCAAGAGGCAAUGGCACCACGUUGCGCUUGUGCACCAAGCGGGAACAUUCUCUUUGUUCGUCAACGGGAAUCUCACAGAACACCUGUCACCCGCAGCUUCCAAUCUGACUUGCAGCCAAUUAGCUUUUUCAUCAUCUGGAAAUGACAGUGACAUUGUCAUUAGUGAGCUCCAAGCUGUCGGCAGAGUGCUCACUGUCGGAGAGAUCCAAACUCUGUCUUCCUCGUGUGGACAAACUCUUGAGAACAACAUACUUGUUCACAACAACGUCCUGCCUCUUAUGGCCACGCCCAGUACAUGCGACGCUGUGGAUGAAUGUGCAUCCUACCCCUGCGGUGACAACGGGGUGUGUGUUGACCUAAGCGGAGGUUUUCGAUGUAUUUGUGAGGAUCCGUGGUUCGGGGAUCAGUGCCAGACAGCACCAUCGUUCUGUGACGACCACAAAUGUGCUAACGGCGCCGUUUGCCAAAGUCUGGUGGAGACGCAGAACUACACUUGUGUUUGUGCGGCUGGCUACAGAGGAGCUCUGUGUACAGAAGAAAUAGUGGACGGCGCCUGGGGCGAGUGGGCAGCCUGGAGCCUGUGCGGCGCGGCGUGUGGCGGGAGUGACCGAUCACGUGACCGUCGCUGUGACAAGCCCCCGCCUGGACCCUACGGCCAGCUGUGCAGCGGGCCGGAACAGGAAGUGGAGAGUUGCAACGACUUCCCUUGCCCCGUUGACGGUGGCGUCAGCACUUGGGGCUCCUGGUACUGCCAUGUCACUUGCGGUAACGGUACAGCCGUUCGGCACAGGACAUGUGACGACCCCAGCCCUGAACACGGCGGGAGACACUGCUCUGACCAUCUGGUUGAGUUCAAGGAGUGCGACGGCCUCUCACCCUGUCCAGUGAACGGCGGGGUGAGUGGCUGGGGUGUGUGGUCCCACUGUACCGCAGAUUGUGGGACGGGCUCCAGGUCACGUAGCCGCUCUUGUAACAACCCGGCACCACAGCACGGGGGACAGCCGUGUGACCCCGAUGACCUCUCUGAGGAAGAGCCGUGCAACACUGACCCCUGUCCAACCUGCCCCAGGUUAGCGCGUCGUGUGUCUCAUCAAAGUGUGACGUGCGAAACAAACAGUACGACAAACAUGCAGGUCUGCACGGUGGUCUGCCCUCAAGGCUACAUGAUCAGGGAUCGAAACUUCACCUGUGGUCCCCUCACGGGCUACGAGUGGUCCCACAAGACGCCAGGAAAUCCAAACGCCCUUCUUCCAGACUGCACAGUUGCUCAAGUGACGACCACUAAGACAACGACAGUGUCCGGGAAAAUGGACGAUGUAGUAGACCCUACUGCAGUCAGGAACGGCAUCCAGGCCAACGUGGACACCACUCUGAACUGUACAGGGAUCUGUAGCGCGGACGUGGCCUAUAGCACCAGCACUACAAGCGGCAUCGGGAAGCGCUCUACAGGACAGACAUUGUUCACGAUUGAAGUGACCGUCCAGUCGCCAGACCCAAGCCUGAACAUAGCGACUGCUUCGACGGCCCAGCUCCAGAGCGAAAUGGCCGCCAUUAUCCUGUACGAGGACACAUUUCAAACCUUGAUCAACACUACCGUGGGGAUUUUCAAUGUCACGGUGAACGGACAGCAGUACAGGGUCGAUGUGGAUACCUUGACGGCUGGGGUGGAUCUCUCCUGUCCAGAUGGAACAGAAUUGCUAAAUCACUUUUGCGUUGACUGCGACAGUGGCACGUAUUCUGUGAACAACUCCUGCGAGGUGUGUGAUAUAGGACAGUACCAGGAGCUCACUCGUCAGUCAGAAUGUCUGGCAUGCCCUUCGGGCACCACAACCCUGUGGUAUGGGUCCAAAUCCUCUACAGACUGCACCGGAAGUCAAGGGAGUUCUCCAUCCCCGGCAAAAUCAGACGACCAACCCAUCUGGAUCUGGGCAUUGAUUGGUGUCACAGCAUUGGUCGCUCUCCUUGUCACCUUGACGCUGUUCUUAUGCGUUGUAAAGAA